AUGGGGAUAAUUUUGAACAGAGAAACAAUGAAGUAUCAGGUUCGAGAUCUGGUAAUCGAGCAUAAUCACACACUACACAUUUCAGAAUGUGCUCAUAUAAUGCGUUCGCAAAGAAAAGUAAGUAUUUCUCAAGGAGCCCAAGCUGAGAUUGCAAAUGAUGCAGGAAUAUCCUUGAAACAAUCUCAUGAACUCAUGGAAAAAGAGGCAGGUGGAUUAGGCAAUAAUGGCUACACUCGUGAUGACUUAAAACGCUAUCUACGAACAAAAAGAGAGAGGGGAUUAAAGUAUGGUGAAACUGGUGCAAUGCUACGAUACUUUGAAGAACAAAAAUUGGAAAAUCCGUCAUUCUUCCAUGCAGAGCAGCUUGAUUGUGAAGAACAAAUUACAAAUAUAUUUUGGGCUGAUGCAUCAAUGCUGAUGGAUUAUACCUAUUUUGGGGAUGUGGUUACAUUUGACACUACAUAUAAAACUAACAAGGAGUACAUAUCAUUGGGCGUAUUUGUGGGAUUCAAUCAAUUUAGACAAUCAGUUAUUUUUGGAGCAACUCUAUUGUAUGAUGAGACCAUUGAAUCAUUCAAGUGGGUGUUGGGUACAUUUGUAGAGGCAGUUUGUGGAAGGCACUCAAAAACCAUCUUCACAGAUCAGGAUGCAGCCAUGGCCGUUGCAAUUUCAGCUGUUAUGCCUUCAACAUACCAUGGCCUGUGCACUUUUCAUAUUAGAGUCAAUUUCAUGAAACACCUUGGGAACUAUUACAAGGAUGGUAGUAAUCUCCCAUAUAGAUUUGCUGAAUGUAUGUAUGAGAUAGAAGAUGAAAAUGAGUUUAUCAUGGCCUGUGAUGCAAUGCUAAAAGAACACAAGCUCGAAACAAAUGAAUGGUUGUAUGGCAUUUAUGCAUGUUGA